GCCUCGCUGCUGCUGCCCAAGACUGUCCACCUGGGCUCCGCGGCAAAGGCCAGCACUAGGAUAAGGUCAGCGACCCUUGACCUGACCACCUCCAGUGGCACGGAGUGUAGCACCACCAGCCAGGAACAGGAACUGGAGUGGGAAGACAGGCGUGGCAUCUCUCUCUUCGCCCCCUGCCAGUCCCCCGUCCUCCCCCGUCCCUCCUACCCUCUGGCCACUAGGGUGAGCACGCUAGACAUCCCACCCACGGAGACCUACGACCAGAGGGUACGAACCUGGAUCUCCCAGAGCACGCCCGAAGAGGAAACGCCACCGUCGCUGACCCUGAUUCUCAAUCUGGACACGACAUUGGAUCCCGGAAGUGAACUUUUCGUGGACAGAGACAGGAAAACUAAUCUGGGAGCUUUGAGUCAUCAGAGGAAGAACUCAUUCUGAGAGAGAGAGAGGGAGA